UGCAGAACUCAGUGCUACGAGUACCCCACCUGCCCAGACACUGUGAAAGGCAAGUUGUGGUGUUUGAGCUCUGAAGCUCCUAGGGAGGAGGUUGCCUACGUGACCUGCACCUACAGGUCAACAUGCAUCGACCAGCCUGACUUCCUGGCCACCAUCGAUCUCAAUCCCAGAUCUCCAUGUUAUGGCCAGGUGAUCCACCGCCUGCCCAUGCCCAACCUCAAAGACGAGCUGCAUUCCUCGGGGUGGAGUGCUGGCUGCAGCUGCUUGGACAAUGUCCCAGCGAAAAGGAACAAGCUGAUUCUGCCCGGUUUGAUUUCCUCCCGCAUCUACGUGGUGGAUGUGGGUUCCCAGUGCCGGGCUCCCAAGCUGUGUAAGAUGAUCGAGCCCGUGGAUGUCUUCUGGAAGUGCAACAAGGGCUACCUGGCUGUAGUCCGCAGCCUGCCCAACGGGGACAUCUUGAUCGCCAACAUGGGAGAUCCAGCUGGCAAUGGGAAAGGCGGGUUUAUCGUGCUGGAUGGACAGACCUUUGUGGUUGAGGGCCUUGAGCUGAAGGGGAACUGGGAACACGAGUGUGAGGCCCCCCCGACCGGGUGUGACUUCUGGUACCAGCCGCGCCACAACGUCCUGGUCAGCUCUGCUGGCUUUGUCCCCAGAAUUGCGGGACGUGGAUUUAAUCCCGACGACCUGAAGAAAGGGGUCUUUGGGCACCGCCUGAACGUGUGGAACUUGUCCUGCCGGACCCUCACCCAGUGCUUUGACCUGGGGGAGGACUCCCUGCCCCUGAGCGUGAAGUUUCUGCACAACCCUGAUGCUGCUGAGGGCUACGUCAGCUGCGCCCUCAGUGGCAUCAUCUACCGCUUCUACAAGUGCGAGAGGGACAACUGGGCAGUCGAGGAGGUGAUCCGGAUACCAGCCAAGGAAGUGUCAGGAUGGAUUAUGUGCAAGAUGCCAGCCUUCACAGUUGACCUCGUCAUCUCGAUGGAUGACAAGUACCUGUAUGUCAGCAACUGGCUGCACGGAGACAUCCGCCAGUAUGAGAUCUCCAAGAACUGCAAGCCCAGGCUGGUGGGACAGGUAAGACAACUGCCAUGCAUCCUCAGAGGUGGACCCGUGACUGUGUGUAGAGACGAAGAGCUCAAGUGCCAGCCAGAGCCCCUGGUGGUCAAGUGCAAGAGGAUCUACGGUGGACCCUGCAAAAUGCAGCUCAGCCUGGAUGGCAAGAGGCUGUACGUCACCAACUCCUUCUACAGCACCUGGGACAAGCAGUUCUACCCGAACCUGGUCAGGGAAGGCUCUGUCAUGCUGCAGAUUGAUGUGGACACGGAGAAGGGAGGCCUGACAGUGAACAAGAACUUCCUGGUGGAUUUUGGAAAGGAACCCCAUGGGCCUUGCCUUGCCCAUGACAUCCACUUCCCUUCUGGAGACUCCACCUCCGAAAUCAUGGCCUAG